UCAACAAAUUACGUGAUACUAACGGGACAACAGUGUCUUCUCGCGAGAGUUCAUGUCCGAUGCGACGCUUCUCCCCACUGUCAAGAUGGAGGCGGCCAUGGUGGAGCAUGUUGUGGCAGAUACUGGCGCAUUUAUUAAAAGGGCUUCUCUGCAAGAAAUUGGAAAGAACAUUUAUACCUUGAAGGAUGUUGUUGAUGAAAUUAGGGAUAAACCAACUAAAAGGAGCUUGGCUUUUUUGCCAUACAAGCUCAAUUUCAAAGAACCAUUUCCAGAGCACAUACGAUUUGUGACAGAAUUUGCUAAAAAGACGGGAGAUUAUCCCAGUCUUUCAGCAACAGACAUCAAGGUCUUGGCUCUGACUUAUCAACUGGAAAUUGAGAAUGUAGGAACUGACCAUUUGAAGAAAGAACCUGAGAAAAAGGUCCAAAUAUGCAGUACACAAAGACAUCCAGAGACUCCUGUUGGCAUUGCUGGUUUCCAUUUACCAUCAAAAUCUUCAAGUAAACCAGGUACAGUUGUCCAAAGCCCACCUAGAAUGAAUAAGCCACGAGACCCUGAUAGUUCACAAUUCAACAGUUUUCAGUUUUGGAGGAGUCCUCUGCCCAGUAUUGAGGCAGAUCUUCUGGAAAUGCUGGCGACUGACGCCAUCACAGUUACAAACAAACUAGAGUCUGUUGAUCUGUCUGCUGACAGCUGGGCAGCUGAAUCUGAAGAACAUGAUGGCACUAAAGGAGACCAACAUGAGGAAGAAGGAGAACAAAACAGUGAUGAUGAUGCAGAGGAGGAGGAGGAAGAGGAGGGUGGUGGAGGUUGGAUUACUCCCAGCAACAUAAAGCAAGUCCAGAUGGAUGCUGGUAACUGGGGACCCUCAGCAGAUGUCAAAGUGGGCUGCGUGACUACUGACUUUGCCAUGCAGAACGUCCUGAUUCAGAUUGGACUGAAUGUGCUGUCUGUUAAUGGCAUGCUCAUUAAAAACACCAGGAACUUCAUUCUGCGCUGUCAUGCCUGCUUUAAGACAACAACAAACGUGAACAAAUCUUUCUGUCCAAAUUGUGGGCACGACACCUUGAAGAAGGUUGCAGUCACCAUAAAUGGGGACGGCACAAUGCAGAUGCAUUUUUCCAGGAAUCCCAAAGUGCUGAAUCCAAAGGGAAAGAGAUACUCUUUGCCUUUGCCACAAGGAGGAAAACAUGCCAGCAACCCCCACCUGGUGGAUGAUCAGCGUUUCCCCCAGCAGAGGUUGUCUAAAAAAGCUCGCCAGAAGACUGAUGUGUUUGACCCAGAUUACCUGGCCGGCAGCUCACCAUUCUCUGAGCAUGAUAUCUACAGCAGGUCAGCCAACUUACACCUGCGGGACACCCAGACCGGAGGAGGAGGACGACGACGGACAAAUCCGAACGCAGCACACAAAAAAUUUGUUAAGAAGUGAUUGUGUUCUCACACUACCUGCAGAAUCUGGACUGAAAGCCAGAAAUGUUGAAUUCAGAAAAAGAAAGUUGAAGUAAAAUGUUUUAUAAUGAUUUAUCUAAAUCAUCUGUUUCAUCUUUCUCUUAACCUUAAGUUUUACACUGUUACAGAAUAUUUUCCAUAUUCUACCUUCAAACUAGUUGAACUUGUGGGUAACCCUUUACAGUAAGGUUUCAUUUGUUAACAUUAGUUAACUAUAUUACUUUAUAUGAACUAACAAUGGACAAUACUUCUAUAGCAUUUAUUUAAUUAGUUUGCCCAUAGAAUGUUUAGUGUAUUAGGUUAGCUUAUUUGGCUUGGUUUCGAUGAAGCAGCUUCAACUUGAGCUCUCAUAUACCCCCACAGUGAAUAAAUAUAAGAUAUGAUUACAUAGGGCAAGAUACCUGAGAGGAAGGUGGAGUUUGGGGAAGUAGAGGGAUGCUGGAACAGCUGAGACUGAAGAGAUAAGCAGCUGCUUAUGUACUCUGGCUGUUGAUUGGAAGAUUAGAUGGGCUUGCUCCUCCCUAAGUUACGUUUAGAAACUUCACUAAUUUUAGUCAAUAAUAAUUUCAACAUUUACAAACACAUUUUUAAAAUCCAAAGUUGUAUUUGUUAAUAUUAUUCAAAAGGAUGGUUCACCCAUAAUGAAAAUUCUGUCCUCAUUUACUCACCCUCAAGUUGUUUCAAUCCUGUCUGAAUUUACUUUUUCUGCUGAACAUAAAAGAUAUUUUAAAGAAUAUGGGUAACCAAACAGUUGACAGCAGAUUUUUUUUCUUUUCUUUUCUCCAUACUAUGGAAGUCAAUGGGGUCCAUAAACUGUUUGGUUACCGACAUUCUUUAAAAUAUCUUCUUUUGUGUUCAGCAGAAGAAAGAAAUUCAUUCAGGUUGGAACAACAUGAGAGUGAGUAAAUGAUGACAGAAUCCUCAUUUUUGGGCUAACUAUCCCUUUAAUGCACUGUGAACUAAUAUGAACAAACAAUGAACAAGUCGAUAAAUACUUUACAAAAUAUAUUGUUCGAUGUUAGUUCAUGUUAGCUAAUGCAUUGACUAAUAUUAACAAACGACCUUAUUGUAAUGUGUUACCAAACUGAUAUGGAAACCUUAUUUUUGUGCCAAUUUACCUGACUUCUAAUACCUAGCUUUUCUGAUCUAGAUUAAAAGAAGUCAAAUUCUUUGCAAAUACAAACAGCAAUUGCAUGCAAACUGCUGUUUCUUAGUCUGUUCAUCAGGUUAUGUGGGGGGGGGGAAAGAACACAUUCGAUUUGUUCUAAUGAAUAUGAAAAUAUCAAACAGCUGAAUUUUUUUUUUUUUUUUCCAAUUUUAAUAAACCUUCCCCUCCCACCCUGGAAAAUGAGUAAACAAAAACAUAGAAGAGGUAAACAGAGUAAAUUACAAGCACAUACAGAAGACCCAAAAUGUUUUUGAACACUUAAGUUAAACUUAAUAUUGUAUUUGUAGACAAAUGGUGCACAAGCUUUUCACUGAACUUUUUUUUUUUGUUUUUUGCAAUGUUUAACCAACUUAAUCACACAUGCUUUUUAGUCUGUGCGUGAAGUCUAAACUUAACAAAUUCACAGGUGUCCUAGUAGAAAAACAGUUUUAGGUCAUUAAGAAUGUUCCAAUAACCACAAAUAAACAGAAAAUUAAACAA